AUGCCAGCUUCACCUGAACUUGUAACGGGCACCCCAGAGCCCGAGGUGCCCAGGAAGUUUACUUUGGAGGCUGCUGAUAUUGCUGUGGUUGUGAUCUACUUUGUGUUUGUGUUGGCAGUUGGAAUAUGGUCUUCAGUCAGAGCCAACCGGGGAACAGUGGGGGGAUACUUCUUGGCCGGACGAUCCAUGACAUGGUGGCCUAUUGGAGCCUCUUUGAUGUCGAGUAACGUAGGCAGCGGGCUGUUCAUUGGAUUAGCAGGAACAGGAGCUGCAGGGGGACUCGCAGUCGGGGGAUUUGAGUGGAAUGCAAUAUGGGUCCUCAUUGCCUUGGGCUGGAUCUUUGUGCCUGUGUAUAUUUCUGCUGGAGUAGUCACAAUGCCAGAGUAUCUGAGGAAGAGGUUCGGGGGUCAGCGCAUCCGCAUCUACAUGAGUGUGCUGUCUCUCAUCCUCUACAUUUUCACCAAGAUAUCA